AUGUACAAAUUAGAAAAUGAAUUGGAGGAUAAAGAAAAUGCAGUUCCAUUACUUAUCAACCAAAUAAAUGUUGACAAUAUCGUAGCAAGCGAUUAUAUUAAUAUUGAUGCCAGAAUAGAAGGCACCGAA